AUGUAUAAAGACAUAGACAUUAAUGAGAUUGAGAAAUUGAAAAAGGAUUAAGAGAUGAUGUCGUUAAAGAGGGCACCAACUAAUAUGAAAGUAAGGAGUAUUGAAAUCUCUGUGAUUAGGAGCGUUUUGGUUAAUCAAAUAAAGAUUUUUUGGAAGAUGAAUUUAAAUAAAAGACUGUUGGUUUAGUUACUCGUGAGGAAUUUAAGAGAAAGAGAGAGAAUAUUGAUAAUCUUGUGAUGCAAGACAUGAAGUAAAAGUAGGAGGAAGAAACAAAACGAAAAUUAGAAUUAAAAUAAAAAAGAAAAGAAGAAUACUAGAAAAAGACUACACUACUUUCAUUUGAUUUAGAUGAAGCUGGCAGUCCAUAGAAAGGUUAUGGUAAGAAUGGAUAAGUAGACACAACUUAUUUACCAGAUAUGAAUAGAGAAAGAAAAAUAGAAGAAAUGACUAAAUAAUUGGCAGGUAUGUGUUGGAUGAAAUUUUGAUUAGAAUAAUAUUAAAAGGAAGUUGAAUCAUAAAAAGAUUCUUUAAUUGAUAUUUAAUUUCAAUAUUGGGAUGCUUCAACAUGUUCAAAAUCAUUAAGAAUAAAAAAAAAAAUGACUAUUUUGGAAUUCCUUGAGAUGGCUAGAAGAGAAAUCAUAAGAGAUUUUGGAUUUGUAUAUUAUGUUGAUUAUAAGAAUAUUAGCUAACAGAAUUUAGUCCAGAAGAUUUGAUAAUAGUUGCUAAUGGAAUGAUUUUACCACAUAAGCUCAGUUUUUAUGAUCUAAUAGCACACAAAGUUAAAAACAGAUCUGGUACAUUAAUCUUUUCAUUCGAUCGCAGAAAGGUAUUGCUAUGAAGCUUAAAUUGGUUUUAAUUAGGUUUAAGCAAAAGGAUAAGAAUAUGAAGUNAUAACAAAUUAAAAACUGAUAACAUUAAAAUACAAUCUUAAAUAUUUACUCAAGAGGAUCUAAAUGAUGUUAAAGCUAAGAUUCGAUUUGACUAAAAAACUAAAGAAAUUGAAAAAAAUGCCAAACUAAAGUCUAGUCAUAAAGCAUUGGAAAUGUAAUUUCAUCUAAAUUAAAUAGAGUCAAUAUCUAAUAAAUUAAGGCUGA